UCAGAAACGGGCGGAGGCCAAAGAUUGAUCGCCCCGAGAUGAAGCGUACAAAGCCACGUUUUGUGCAGACAGAGCCGUGUGGGCCCCGCCAGAGCGCAGGCCACGGACGGCCCACGUCAGAGAGCUGCUUGUGGGUUUAGUGGGAGGCAGGGAGGCCUCCAGGAAGCGUCCUCCCGACAGGGCGGGCACCGGCGAUUGCAUGCAGGGCCGGCUGCCAGUUCGCAGUUGCAGGGCACCGAUGCCAAAGCAAACAGCUUGAGAACAGGAGCAAAGUGAGGAGCCAUGCGGCGGCCGUGCUGUGCCUGCGCCCUCAGUCGCUGCGGCGGCUUCUGGAUUCUGCUCUGCUGCUGCUGCUGCUGCUGCUGCGGGCCGACGCGGGCCGCGCCGGUGACGGCGAACUCCAGGCCUAACAUCGUGCUGCUCGUGGCGGACGACCUCGGGCUGGGCGACCUUGGCUGCUACGGUAAUCACACAGUGAGCACCCCGAACAUCGACCGCCUGGCCGCGGAGGGCGUGCGGCUCACCCAGCACCUGGCGGCUGCCUCCAUGUGUACCCCGAGCCGGGCCGCCUUCCUCACCGGGCGCUACCCCAUCCGGGCAGGCAUGGCGUCCUCCUCCAACGCCAACCGCGACCUCCCCUGGCUGGCCGGCUCCGGCGGGCUCCCCACCAACGAGACCACGUUCGCAGAGCUGCUCAAACACCGUGGGUACCGCACGGGACUCAUCGGAACAUGGCACCAGGGCCUGAGCUGUGCCUCCCGGGACGACCACUGCUAUCACCCGCUGAACCACGGCUUUGAGUACUUCUACGGCACGCCGCUGGGCCUCCUCGGGGACUGCCGGGGCGCCGGGCACCCCGAGCUGCACCGCUGGCUGCGGGUCAGGCUGUGGGUGUCCACGGCGGCCCUGGGCCUGCUGCCCGUGCUGCUGCUGGUGCCCCGGCUGCGCGGCUGGGUCCCGGUGCCCUGGACGGCGAUCCUGCUCUCCGCCCUGCUGGUCCUGCUCUUCUUCCUGGGCUGGUUCUCCAGCUACGGCUUCGUGCGGCGCUGGAACUGCGUCCUCAUGAGGAACCACGCCGUCGUGCAGCAGCCCCUGAAACCAGACCGGGUCUCCUCCCUGCUGCUGCGGGAGGCGCUCGGCUUCAUAGACAGGUACAAACGGGAGCCUUUCCUCCUCCUCUUCUCCUUCCUGCACGUGCGGAUCCCGCUCGUGACCCGGGAGCGGUUUGUGGGACACAGCAAAUUCGGAUCGUACGGCGACAACGUGGAGGAGAUGGACUGGAUGGUGGGGAAGAUCCUGCAGGCGCUGGAGCAGGAGCGGCUGACCAACUGCACCUUGGUCUACUUCACCUCGGACAACGGUGGACACGUGGAGGUGCAGGACGGCGGAGUCAGGCUCGGAGGCUGGAACGGGGUCCACAAAGGCGGCAAAGGCACGGGCGGCUGGGAAGGGGGCAUCCGUGUGCCCGGGAUCCUGCGCUGGCCCGGGGUGCUGCAGGCAGGAAAGGUCGUGCAGGAGCCCACCAGCCUGAUGGACAUCUUGCCCACGCUCUCCUACAUAGGCGGAGCGGUCCUGCCCCACGACAGGGUGAUCGACGGCCGCAACCUGAUGCCCCUGCUGCAGGGCAGGAGGACGCGCUCCGAGCACGACUUCCUCUUCCACUACUGCGGCGCCCACCUGCACGCCGUCCGCUGGCACCAGAAGGACUGCGCCACGGUGUGGAAGGCUCACUUCGUGACGCCACGCUUCUCCCCGGACGGGUCCGGGGGCUGCUACGCGAGUGUCUGUCCCUGUUCGGGGGACGUCGUCCACCACGACCCCCCGUUGCUGUUCGACGUCUCCAGAGACCCCGCGGAAGCCCGCGAGCUGAACCCCGACAACGAGCCCGCGUUUGACGCCGUGAUCAAGAGGAUGGAGGCGGCCGUGCGAGAGCACCGCAGGACUCUGGCUCCCGUCCCGCGGCAGCUGUCAGCCUUCAACGUGCUCUGGAAGCCCUGGCUGCAGCCCUGCUGUGGCACGUUCCCCUUCUGCGGCUGUGACGAGGAGGAUGACAUCCUGCACACGGCUGCCUGACCCAGGAGGGGAUGCUUGUUACGCGGCGGGUGCACACUGCUGCGCUGACUGUAGUAGCCACCAAUCCAAUUGGGUCCAUCCACUGGGGAUCCAAUAUGGCACCCAACACUGUGUUUCCAUGGGGGGGACUCAGGCUCAUCUUCAAGACCCCUUAGGAGCUCGGUGACAUGAAGGUGGCCCCCAGCUAGAGUGACACUGGAAUGUUUGUCUUAUCCUAGCUACAGCGAUUCGGGUUGCAAUUUUUAUUUUUCUCAUUUGCUAGUUUGUCUCUGCACAGGUCACAGCUGUGUGUCUGAUUUAUUUCUCUUAAUAUUAUGACCUCAAGGUGCAGCUGUCUUGCUAUAAAUGACUCGGCCAUCUUCUUCAUGGCAUAGCAAUAUUCCAUGGGGCACAGACACCACAUCUUCCAUAUUGUUUAUGCACCAUUGAACAGACAAGUGGGCAGCUACCCAGAAGUGGGCUGGGCUGCCUGGCAUGUCUGAUCUGAGGUGUGUGAGGAAUCUCCACCCCGAUUUCCAGAGCGGUUGUACUGAUGUUUGUCCUUUCAGUGGUAUAGACGGGCUCCCUCACAGGGCUGCAGAAACCGUAUUUGAAAUUUGAGAUUUGCCAUUUCCUGGGCUGACAAUGUUCCUUCACGGUGCCGGACGGUAGCAGGCUGUCUCUGCUCACAAAUCGGGGGCUGGGAGAAAAAGACACCAUUUAGACCGCGGAGAGGCUGUGAAUUUUUUUAAAAGAUGGAGGUUUUCACCCCAGAGUGACAUGGAAGAUGACAUCCUGCUCACGGCUGCCUGACCCAGGAGGGGAUGCUUGUUACGCAGCAGGUGCACAGUGCUAUGCUGACUGUAGGAGCCACCAAUCCAAUUGGGUCCAUCCACUGGGCAUCCAAUAUGGCGCCCACCGGGGGAGACCAGGACCCGGGCUGAGCCGAGGAGCCUGGCAGGUGGAAACACCCGGUUUCUGCAUCCCUGCGGUGCCAGGGAAAGCUCUGUGUUCCGAUUUCUUCAAGUCGAGGAGGGAAAGAAUCCAGGUUUAUCUCAUGGUGGUGGGGACGGGAGGGAUGUGGAUUAUUCACCCAAAAUAAAGGUCGCUGCUGGCCCGGC